AUGGAUUUUUUCUGCUCAGUCUGUCACAACAUCUUCCAAAGUCCUGUUGUGCUGUCAUGCAGCCACAGCUUCUGUAAAGACUGUGUGAAGCGAUGGUGGGCAGGUAAACAAAUUUUACUGUGUCCUCUGUGUAAAGUGAAAUCUCCAACAGCUAACCCGCCCAGUAACUUAGCCUUAAAAAACCUGUGUGAAUCCUUCUUACUGGAACUCUCUCUGGAGGAGAAGGCCGCAGCGAGGUCUGAGGAUCUCUGCAGCCUGCACUCAGAGAAACUGAAGCUCUUCUGUCAGGACCAUCAGCAGCCACUGUGUGUUGUCUGUCGAGAUUCAAGAGCACACACCAACCACAAAUUCAGUCCCAUUGAAGAGGCUGCAGAGGACUACAAGAAGGAGCUAAGGCAACAACUGAUGACCUUACAGGUCAAAGUGGAGCACUUCGCUAUUGUCAAAAUGAACUGGGAUCAAACAGAAGAGCAUAUCAGGGCCCAGACUCAAACCACAGAGAGUCAGAUUCGGGAGGAGUUUAAGAAACUUCAUCAGUUUUUAGAGGUGGAAGAGAAGGACAGGGUCUCUGCUCUGAGGAAGGAGGAGGAGCAGAAGAUUGUAACGAUAAGGAUGAAUAUUCUGACUCUGAGCAGACAGAUAGACUCUCUUUCAGACACCAUUAAAAGCACAGAGCAGGUGCUGAAGUCUGGAAGUGUCCCUUUCCUGCAGAACUACAAGGCAGCAGUUGAAAAAGUCAAGCAGCGCCCCCCUGAGGAUCCCCAGCUAGGCCCAGGAGUUCUCAUAGAUGUGGCCAAACACCUGGGCAACCUGACCUGCAACAUCUGGAACAAUAUGUCACAGUUGUUUACGUACUCUCCUGUGGUUCUGGAUCCAAACACUGCAGGAUCUACCAUUCUUGUGUCCAAGGAUCUAAAAAGUCUGAGAUACAAAGAGAAAGCGAGCUGGCUCCCGCAGAACCCAGAGAGAUUUGAGCUCUACUCGACGGUCCUUGGGUCCAAGGGCCUCGACUUGGGGGCUCACAUGUGGGAUGUUGAAGUUGAAGGUGCUGUAGACUGGACUGUGGGUUUGAUAAGAGAGUCUGUGCUGAGGAAAGGAGACAUUCCCACAGGAUACUUUGGGCUACAGUUCUGCGAUGGUGUGUACAAAGCAUCCUACCCACCAUUUACAGAUGAAGUGAUCCCCGUACAGAAGCAGCUGCAAAGGAUCAGAGUAGAGUUGAACCAUCAAGAUUUCCAACUCUGUCUGGCUUUCUUUGAUCUGGAUACAACCCAACACAUUUACACCUUCGUUCUCCCCGUCAGUGGGCGUGUGCUUCCCUUUUUUAACACGGUUAGUACAAAUCCAGUGAGCAUAUUACCAGAGAUAGUUAAUGUAAAGUUACACAUAUAGAUAUUAGUAGAGCCUCUGGACACCUAAUUGGGAAAAACCCUCUCAGCAUGUGAAUGUGGUCGUACAAACAUGCUCCUUUUCUGCAACAGCAUCUCCAGUUUGUGUUUAUGAAGGUUUAUCACCCCAAGGUUAUUUUACCUAAUCAUUCAAAAGUCUGUCAUAUUUGAUUUCUUAUACACACUUGUGCUGUUUCAAGCAAGAUUUCCAGAGGCCUCAGUGAUUAUGAGGACAGUGAUUAUGCAAAAAGUCCUACAGUACACAGAAACCAUGAUUCAUUGUUCCUGUUAACAAGUCUUAAGGUAGUUGGUUGGUUAGGGAUGAGCACCAUACGGAAAAAUUAGGGCCACUGGAAAGAAAAGGGCAGUGAAAUUUUUGUGA